UUCCAGUUGAGCCCAACUCCACGGUCGACAAAUGUGACAAAGUAUCGAAGUCUAAGCUUGGAAUCUUCAGCCUCCCAAUGAUUCCUCAAAGGUGACACUACAGGUUAAUCCUGCUGGCACGCAGGGGCUGAGAAAAUGCGCGAGUUCAUGUACUACAUCACCCAUGCCUUCUACAGUGCAACGGGUUGGAACGAGGACAACACGUACAAGGAGUUGAAUGCUACAGCGAGAGAGCUCAUCGACUUCCCGCUCCCUCGAGGCCUUCGUCUGACCCUCUCCUCCCUCGCAACCCCCCACUUUGCGACCAGCUACCAGCUCGGUAGUGUCGGCAUCGUCGAUGGCUCCAUCUCGUACCUCCACAGCACGCUUCCCCUAACUGGUAUCGCUGCCCAAUCCGACCGGAUACCGCUACCGGCUCUCCUACGAUCCUAUCGCCAAUUACACGAUCUUGGUUCAGGAGACCGACGACAAUGGUAUUGGGGAACGGAGGAGCCGCCGGCUGAAACCGCAGCCAUAUCGAGCACCGAUGGGAUACCAGACCGGCAUGGAAGCUCGCUCUUCUACGGUCGCUUAUAUCUGCCACGGUCGCUUCUCGAGGGGCUGGUUAUCCGGCGUCUCACUCCAGACCUGCAGGUUCAACUCUCUGCUGUUAGUGAACGCUCUUUGCGGAAUGGCGGUACAUUGUUGGGUCUGGCUCAGUACGACAGGGGUAAAUACGGGGUUGAAGGACUAGCUUCGACGGAUGGAGGACUUCUUGGUAUCCGGGGCCUAUACAACUUCGGUGGAGACACGUCUUCGACUGCUGCGACUCUCCCAACCAACAGUUCCAGUUCCGAGAACAAUGGAGGUGGCCAGUUGGGGGAGAGAGAGCGCAUAUAUGGCCGCUUCAGCGCUGGGGGUGAAGUUUAUUACGGAACGCUCAACAAGUCCGGAGGCAUGUCGCUCGGAGCGCGCUUUGCGACUCUGCCGGCACACCGGGGGACACCGCUAACAGCAACCUUGACGAUCAACCCUCUUAUGGGAAACAUCAAUGCCACCUAUGCCGUCCUUGCAAGGGACUACUGCUCGCUGGCCACAAGGAUGGAGUUCAACGUUUACAGCUAUGAGAGCGAGUGGGCGGUCGGGAUGGAGCUGUGGAGCAACAGAAGGCCAGCUGGUUUCCUGCUCGGCGCGGACCCCAAUAGUCAAUCUGACCCCGAUCCUGGACCACCGCGAAGGAAGGAAAGAAGUUUCCAGGCGAAACUUGAAUGGCGGCUUGACGACGAGGAGUCCGAAUCCGAAGCUCCUAGGAGGGAGGCGAAACCUGCGGCUGCCAGGUCCGGGAAGGAAUACCGGGGGGUCCUAAAGGCGCGGCUCGACCAGAAUCUCCGAAUCGGCCUUCUCUGGGAGGGUCGCGUCAAGUCGCUCAUCUUCAGCCUUGGCACUGGCGUGGACCUGCGCAAACUGGGCGAGCCGUUCCGCAGCCUGGGGCUCGAAGUACAAUAUUCAUCAUAAUGGUGCAGCUUUACAGCUGUCCAACUUGCCAGCGCCUGAUUUGAUGCCGCUCCUUCAAUCAAUCGCGUCGCUCGACUCAGAUUGUUUCGGAAAAGGAAGUUGAUCAAUAUUCCCUCCGUCUGGGAGAAACGUGCCAACGAGUGGAGU